UAUCGUAAAACGGAUGAGUGUUGUCCGGAGCCGGGAGCAUUGUGUUUCUCUGUAAAUAUAACACGAUUUUUGGAGUCCCUUCAUGAGCAAAUAAAAAAAAAACAAAUCUAAAUUAGCGUUUGAAGAAAUAUUAUGCGUGAAAUAAGGACUCAGGGAAUUUGUGUUGUCAUUCGUUUUUUCAACCAAUAUUAUUGUAGUGCGUAGUGAUACUAUUCUGUCUCAAAAACGUUAACUAAUAACUACAAUUCUCCUCGAACACUGGAACUGUACGGUAGUGGUUUUCUGCCAAAAUGCUCCCACUAUCACUGAUGCACACCGCACAAAACCACCCAAUGCUGGUGGAGUUGAAGAAUGGAGAGACUUAUAAUGGGCAUCUGAUCUCCUGUGACAACUGGAUGAAUAUUAAUCUAAAAGAUGUCAUCUGCACAUCAAGGGAUGGUGAUAAAUUCUGGCGGAUGCCUGAGUGCUACAUCAGAGGCUCUACCAUCAAGUAUAUGCGGCUGCCUGACGAAGUUAUAGACCUAGUCAAGGAGGAGGUCGUGGCACGAGGGCGGGGACGAGGUGACCACAGAGGGCGUGGUGGUGGAGCUGGUAGAGGACGGGGUCAUUACAACUCAUCUCGAGGAGCAUUCGGUGGUCGUGGCCGCGGUGGUGGAGGUGGCAACGAGCGGGGAGGGAGAGGUGGAGGGGGUGGACGGGUAGGGGGACCGAAAAAGUUGCAUCCUCAAUAG